AUGUCGUUACCUAUCAUUAGAGUUCAUUUUUUGAAUGAGUCAAGGGCUUUUAGGGUGUUGUGGCUGCUAGACCAGUUGAAACUGGAUUAUGAGAUAGUACCCUACAGGAGGGACGCAAGUUUUCGUGCUCCUGAGGAAUUGAAGAAGCUACACCCUUUGGGUAAAUCGCCAUUGCUUGAAGUGGAGGAUAGAAAGACAGGUAAAAGGAAAAUUCUGGCUGAGUCAGGAUACAUUUUCCAGUAUGUCCUGAAGCAUUUUGACAAGGCUAAAUCCUUGGACAACGCAGACAGCGAUAAGUCCGAAGAGAUUCAAUACUAUUUGCACUACGCGGAGGGCUCCCUACAACCUCCUCUCAUAGUCGACAUGCUAUUUUCCAUGGACCCAUAUGGAACACUUCCAUUUCCACUUUCUUAUAUCCCCGGAAUGGUGACCCAAAAGAUUGUAGAAAAUUACUCUAAAGGUGAGAUAAAAAACCAACUAGAUUUUAUCGAAGGCGAAAUCGCUAAGAAUGAUGGCUAUUUGGUCGGCGGCAAGUUGAGUGCUGCUGAUAUCUUAAUGUCCUUCCCAAUUGACAUGGCCUUUGGCGGUCCGUAUGGCCAUCAGUUUGCCGAUCCUAAGCAGUAUCCAGUUAUUGACAAAUGGCUCAAGAAUCUAAAGACUUUGGUUUCUUAUACAAGCGCAAAGUACAAAGCCGGGGCUAACGGUGCCCAAUUUUAA